CAAGUUGUUACCCAGCAGCCAUUUUUAGUUAAGGGGUCACACACACAGUAGCUGCGUCAAAAGUUGUUUUUUAACAACUGGAUUGAAUAUUCGCCAAGAUGAAUGAGGACGUGUUUGAGGUCCCUGAAGGAACAGAGUACCGUUAUCUGGUACAAGGGGAAGGAGAGGAGGAGGUGCAGUAUGUGCGUCGCAGACACUACGUCAGCCCAUUUCUGGUCCUGUCCAGACGCUGCAUCUUCCUCGUCUGCAUGGGGGUGCUAUCCCUGCUCACCUUGGCUGGGUACCUGGCCUACGUGGCCCAGACUCUGCCCCCUGGCUCAGCCCAGGUCACUACUGACUGUGGAGAGUUCCAGGGUAGACAGAGGAAUGGGGCCUACUCGUUCAAGGGCCUCCCCUACGCUGCUCCCCCCAUUGGGGAACGUCGCUGGGCCCCGCCAGCCAAACCCCGGUGUGGAAACGGGGUGGGGGAUGCCACCCGCUUCCGCAGCAAGUGUCUCCAGGUGCAGCCGCUCUCAGACACGGGGAAGGUGAUUGGCCAGGAGAGCUGCCUCUUCCUGAACGUGUGGACCCCCACCCUGAGCCCCGACGCUGCCCUACCCGUCAUGGUCUGGAUCCAUGGGGGCUACCUUCACAUGCUUAGUGGAGGAGAGGAGGGCUACUCGCCCACAGAGGAGCUAGCAGCCCAGACAGGGAUGGUCUAUGUCAGCUUUAACUACAGGCUCAACGCAUUUGGGUUCCUGGCCCUGGAGCUACUGAGGGAGGGCUCCUCCACCAAUACCUCUGGAAACUAUGGUUUCAUGGACCAGAUAGCUGCUCUGCAGUGGGUCCAGAGGAACAUCAAGGUGUUUGGAGGAGACCCCAGUAAAGUCACCAUAUUUGGUCAAAGCUCAGGUGGGACGUCGGUGUGGACUCUGAUGAUGUCUCCGCUGGCAAAGGGUCUGUUUCAUGCGGCGGUGGAUAUGAGCGGCUCCUAUAAGUAUAACGCAUCACUGGAGAAGGCAGAGGCAGACAACCUGCUAUUCCUGAACAAGACUGGCUGCAAUGACCUGGCCUGCCUCCGGAAGCUCUCCACCACACUGAUACUACGGGCCAUCCCAUGGAAGGAGUACCCGUCGUGGGGGGCAGAUGAUCUGAUGGACCUGCCCACUAAGGACAGCUUCGUGGGUCCCGUAGCAGUGGUGGACGGGCAUGUCCUCCCAGCUCCUCCCUUUGAGAUGUGGGAGAAAGGAGGACUCUUCAACGAUGUUCCAUUCCUCAUAGGGACCACUGAGCAGGAGAUUGACUUUUUCCCACCGUAUGAGAAUAUUUCCAUGUGGACAUGGGGAGACUACGGGUGGUUUGUGACAGAUAAACUGAGCCUCUUCAGCGAGGGUCUUCCUAAGGAGGCGUUGGAUCUGUACCCAAGCUCGGCCCUGUGCCCCACUCCUGACCGCUGCCCAGAGAGGGCCUACACCACCAUGGUGUCGGACAUGAGGGUCACCUGCCCAAACAACGACCUGGCCAAGAGGGCUGCAGCGGCCCUCCACAGUCCUGUGUAUCGGUACGUGGUGACACACACUCCAUCUCGUGCCGUCAUCUCCUCGGAGGGUCUGUGGUCGUUCCCCAGCCGGUUCUCUUUCCACGGCCUGGACUCUUUCGCCUUCUUCGGGGGUCUAGAGAAGCUGUUGGGGGGACCGCUCUCCGCCCAGGACACUGCCUUCCAGAAGCUCCUCACAGAGCACCUCGUCCACUUCGCUAAGGAGGGUAAGAUGCCGGAGCAGUGGCCAGAGUACCCAGCAGCCACUGCUCUCCUGAACCAUACCCUCUCUGUGGUCCAUGAUUACUCUGCUGAGCGCUGCCAACUGUGGGAGAAGAACGGCUUCUACCCCUACGCCUGGGUCAACUGACCCCUCACCCAGAACUCCUACUGCACAGGACUGAAUCCUACACCUGGGUCACCUAGGUUACAGUAUCUACCCCUACGCCUGGGUCAACUGACCCCUCACCCAUAACUCCUACUGCACAGGACUGAAUCCUACACCUGGGUCACCUAGGUUACAGUAUCUACCCCGAGAAAGAUUGAACAUCUGUCUAGAACAAUGGGAACAUGUGAAGAAAGAUGGAAACCAUGAAGACCAAAAUUAAGGAUGUUAGUACUGAAUGUGUUCUGUGACUGUGGCAUUGUGGGAGUUUUGGUGUGUACAGUAUUUUGCCUUUAGGUUUGUUCGAGGAUAAAGUAUCAGAUUUCGAGAAAAGGGAAGAAUAUGUUGGUAUGGAAGAAAAUAAUGGACAUUUAUAUUUCUGCUCUGUUUUGUGGUAGAGAUGGUUGUGAGAAUGUUGAAAGAGGAGAUGUUAUUGUGAUGUGUAUUAUUAUUAUUCAUACUUUUAGCUACUGUUACUUGCACUAAGAUUUUAAAUGAAGAUGCCUACUCUUUUACUUUUUAUGGAAAUCUGCUGUGUAGGCGUCGUACAUGUAUGCAAUGAGGAAACAUUUAUUAUGACGGGCUUUUAUGCUAUAGCCUAUGUUAUGUGUUUCUCUAUUCUUCUCUUUCCAUAAUGUGUCUCUGUGUGGUGGAUAUUCAACCAGACAGAAACAGCUAGGAAGCUUUUUCUGCACGCAUAGACUGUCACCACCGAAUCAUCUUCGUUCGACUUGAAAACACGCCGGUGUUUUCCUACUCAAGGCUCAUUAACUCAACGUAACACUCUCUGCCUUUUCUUCAGCAUCUCCGACAGCCCCGACUUGAUUGGCAACAAGGGAUGGUGCGCUUGUUCUUUAUGUGUGAAGAGAGGGAUGAAAGCCUGUGGAUGACAGAGAGAGCACAUGGAAGUGUUUACUUGUGUAAUUAGUGUUUAGCGUUGCCUCCAAUCAAAAGUUCUCGUGCUCUGUCUUUUCUCCUGUCAAACAGACAGGGAGUUAUAUCUGUCGCUGUCGUAUUGAUCAUUUCUACUUUUGUUCCACUAUGUGCGCUAUGAUAGGCACUUAUUUCAACGUGACAUUUUUCUUUUCUUUUUUACUCAGGUAAUCUGCUUUAUAAUGCCAUGACCUAAAAUUACAGGUCAUUCACACGCACUAAUACAAAAUAAUAAAACACACAAAGAAUUAA